CGGGGACGCGGGAGAGGAAUGUGCCAGGGAUUGGGAACAGGUGUCAGUGCGCAGGUGGGAGUAUGGCAGCAGUCGCAGAGGUGCUGGUGCUACAGAUGUAGAGAGAAGAGCAGAUACACCCGAGGACACGAUAACCCCACGUAACCACAGCAGCACCAUCGCCUCCGGCAGCAGAGGAGGGAGAGUGGCAGAACACGUGGAAGGUGCCCUCCUCCCCAGCCCGAGCCAAGUCCCCUGCGAGCAGGAGGAGGAGCCAUUGGUCUCUCUGAUCAGGUUUCAACACUUCCUCCGCCAACUUACCCGGACUGUGGCUGCGAUUUGUUUCGGGGCUGCCUCUGUGCCCCAGCGCCCCACCAAUGGCCGGCCACGAGUGGGACUGGUUUCAGCGGGAGGAGCUCAUAGGGCAGAUCAGUGACAUCCGGGUACAAAACCUGCAAGUUGAAAGAGAAAAUGUGCAGAAGAGAACCUUCACCCGGUGGAUAAACCUCCAUUUGGAAAAGUGCAAUCCUCCUAUUGAAGUCAAAGAUUUAUUUAUUGAUAUCCAAGAUGGGAAAAUCCUAAUGGCGCUACUGGAAGUCCUGACCGGCCAGAGUCUGCUCCAGGUACACAAGCCAUCUUCUCAUCGCAUUUUCCGACUGAAUAACAUUGCGAAAGCAUUAAAGUUUUUGGAAGACAGCAAUGUAAAACUGGUUAGCAUUGAUGCUGCAGAGAUAGCUGAUGGAAAUCCCUCUUUGGUCCUUGGUCUAAUUUGGAACAUAAUCUUGUUCUUGCAGAUUAAAGAACUCACAGGCAAUCUCAACAGAAUGUCAUCGUCGUCCAGCUUGUCCUCGCUGCCCAGCGGGCUUGAUUCUGACUCGUCUCACUCCAGCACUCCCAGUACAGAGAAAAGCUUGUCUGUUUCAAUUAAGGACCAGCGUAAAGCCAUCAAAGCUCUUCUGAACUGGGUUCAGCAAAGGACAAGAAAGUAUGGCGUUGCAGUGCAGGAUUUUGCUAGCAGCUGGAAAAGUGGCCUUGCUUUUUUGGCACUAAUUAAAGCAAUAGACUCCAGGCUUGUGGACAUAAAGCAAGCCCUUGAUAAAUCGGCAAGGGAGAACUUGGAAGAUGCCUUUAGAAUUGCCCAAGAACAGCUCAGUGUCCCAAGACUUUUGGAACCAGAGGAUGUAAUGGUUGAUUCACCUGAUGAGCAAUCUAUUAUGACAUAUGUCACCCAGUUUCUGGAGCACUUUCCAGAACUUGAUGCAGAAGAUUUCUGUGACCGUCUGGAUUCUCUUCCGGUGGAAUCUACAUUUGUACACUAUAAAGAUGGGCCAGCAGAGGAGGAAAGCAAGAUUAUCACUCUGAAUGAAGAAUCUGACAUUCAGAGUGAAAUCCAUUCACCGGUUACUCAUCCAGAGAGAUAUCAUUAUCCUGAAGAGUUAAUUGCUGAAUAUUUUCAUUCUGAUUCUCAAAGGAAAAUAAAUGAUUGGUCUCAGUCAAUGAGUGAGCAUAACCCGAGCUCAAAGGGAGUCAGUACAAGAGAAAGCUACAGUAUUUUGGGACAGGAAGUGAAUCCCUCAGAUCAUUCAGAUUCCUCCAUGGAAAGUCCUUCAGAAGAAUUUAGUGGCAUUGAUGUAACCACUGAAGACAAUUUUAUUCAACCAUCUUUGGUCUUAAAUGGAAGCCAUGCUAAAAAUCUUUCUUCUUCAAAUGAGAAUUGCCCUGUUUUUGCCUCAGAUAAACUAUACAAAACUAUUACGAAUAAUAGCUUUAAAAUAGUCAAUAACAUUGACUUAGACCCAUUUUCUUCUAUAGAUGUUUGUACAGCUACUGAUAAGGAACCCACUUCAUUGUCCAAAGAAUCAAAAAAUACAUAUUCAGAUACAGAAACAUAUCAGGGGAAGGCUCCUGUAGAAGGUACAUCAGAAGUAUCCACUAAUGGCAAUGUUUUAUCCCCUGAGCACAACAAUAAUGUAGAAGAUGCAUGUAAAUAUGUUCCACAUUAUCUAGCUCAUCCAAAAAAUGCCACAAGAAGUAACUAUUCCAAGCAGAUGACAGUUUUCAAAUCAUAUAGUGCAGUUGCUGACAAAGGAAAAGGCAAAUCCAUAAAUGAAGGACACUCGGUAGAUUCAAUUGCAGACACAAAUGAACAAAGUCUUCCAACAGAAAAACAAGAAGAACCAGACACUAUUGACAAAGCAGAUUCAUCUAUGAUUUCAGUUAUUCCUCAUAAUCUUUUUUAUUAUCCUCAUUACAGUGUCCCUAUUGUAGAGGUUUUGCAUGCCUUUGCUGAAAACUCACCUGGGGCACCCAUAAGUAGCACUAUAACAUCUAGUUUUCCCCAGGAAAAUGAUCAUGAUGUAAUAGAAUCUUAUAAUCAGGACUACAUGCAGACAUGUAACAACGAGUUUAAUUCAGGGUUUGUGGAUGGAGCACAUGAUCUUAGUCACUCACAUAUCACCUCAGAACUGUCGAAAAUCACAAAUUUAAGAGCAUCAAAUGAGUCUUCUGCCCAAAAACCAUCACAAAUACAGACCAGAAAUUCUGCAAUGGAACCAAGUCACACAGAGGACACUCAAAGCAGAGGGGGAGGACAAAAAGAAGCAGCAGAGAAAGACGUGAAAAGUUUCAUGAAGCUUUCUUCCCAAAAGGCAGAGCUUGAAGAAGAUUUUCUGCAAAUAGAGGAUAAACUGGAUGCCACAAAGCUUAAGCUAAAGGAAGAAAACCACAAAGUAAUUGGCCCUCCUAGAGAAAUUGAGAAUGAUACAUCUGUAUGUCAUAGACGAAAAGAUUGUGUUUCGGGUGAGAAGAAUUUAGGAACCUUGCUGGAUCCAACCCCCAAGAAGAAUAAAGAACAACAGGAAAAUAUAAGUUGCAAGAAAAUUGCAGACACAUGUCUGGCUGAAAAAGCCUCAGCUCGGUCUGCAGAUGCGCCUUCGUCUAAACCAUUUCUGAACAUCUACACUACCAUUCUGCUCUGGCUGUUUUUGUACUGCAUACUGAUUCUUCCUGAACUGGACAUGAGAAAAGUUACAUUUUUUGCAAACAAUAAGUAAGACUGUUCAGUGGUUUAAGAUCUCCAGCAGUUGCAUAUGUGACAAAUAUAGCUGCAGACUUUUCUCUAGCAAUAAAUUAAAUGUGCUGGUUUUCAUGUGGAUACGCAAUUCUCAGUAGGGAGAUAUUACAAAAUGAAUGUUUAUGUUAGUUUGUGCCUUUAUGUACACAAACUACUGGGUUACAUACAGUUACAAAACCUAAGUUGAUUUUAUAUUAAAACCGCCAUUUAAACCAUGACUCAUGGCUAUAUCUGCCAUAAUUACCUGUAACUUUUUGGAGUUAUUAACAUAUGGUCAGCUUGCUUUUUCAGUGCAGGGUUGUCUGAAUACAGACAAUAACCUUAGAAGUAAAUGCUUCACACACAUCAUAAUGUUACUAUAAUCAAGCUAGCAAACAUAUGGCAUGUCUCAUACUGGCUCACUUAAUAGAAAUUGUUAUAUCCACCAACAGUAAUCAAUCUGUUCUGAACUCUGAUAGCAGUAUUUACUU